AUGGGUCGUGUCAUCCUGUUUCUUUUCGCACUCCUACACAGCCUGCCACUGAUCGUCGGCGCCGAGGUCACCCAUACAACCCAAGGUCAACAUGCGGUCGUUGCUCAGGCAGAGGUAGCCCCCGGUGGAGGGGAUGGUGGCCAGUCCGCCACGGCUAGGGAGCCUGGUGCCGACCUAGUCGAUGCCGCCGUCCAUGAACUCCGAAAGAUCCAAGGCCCCGCUCACCACCACCGGAAGAAGCGCCCCGGGUUCUUUGGUCAAAUCGCCCGGCUUGUCGUGGGUGCCCUGCCCACCUUUCGCUUGACUGCACCGGCGCCCUCGAGCUCUUCAAGAGCUCCCACCGGACAGCUAGCCGAGGCUAUCAAGUUGCUCGAGGAGUCAGCUGGCAAAAAUAAUUCCGACGCUUUAUAUCUCCUUGCAGAGAUGAGCUUCUACGGCAACUUCUCCCACCCGAUCGACCUGCCCCGCUCGUACAACUACUACCAGCGCCUGGCCGACACUACAGGCAACAGUUCCGCCAUGUACAUGAUUGGUCUGAUGUAUUCGACCGGCGUCGGGCGUGCAGUGGAACCGGAUCAGGCCAAAGCUUUGCUCUAUUAUACCUUCGCCGCCCUGCAGGGCCACACUCGUGCCGAGAUGGCGGUCGGCGCGAGACAUUCGGCCGGAAUUGGCACGCCCAAGAAUUGUGAGCAGGCGUGCAAGUACUACAAGCGUGUGGCGGACAAGGCGAUUGCCUGGUACCGUUCUGGACCCCCGGGUGGCAUGAGUUGGUCCGUGGAGUCACAUCGGAUUUCCGACGACUUUGGCGGUGUAUACGGCGAAGGCGCAAGUGUUUCAAGUGCAGGCAUCAAUGGCAUCAACGCGCGCAGCCAAUUCAAUGAGCACGCAUCUAUCGGGGACAUCAUCGAGUACCUCGAUUUGAUGGUCCACAAGGGCGACUUCCAGGCGUCUUUCAAUCUCGGACGCAUCUACUACGAGGGCCAACGAGGUCUGGAUCGAGACUUGGUAGCGGCCAGGAGGUACUUUCGCAAAGUAGUUAACAAGUACUGGCUGAAGGGAGGUGGUGUCAUCGAUAAUGCGCCACCGCAACUCGAGGCAGCUGCAGGCAAAGCUGCAGGCUACCUUGGUAGGAUGUACCUUAGAGGGGACGGAGUCGACCAGGACUUUGAAAGGGCCAGGUUCUGGUUCAACCGUGGUAUCAAGCUCGGGGAGGCCCAGUCGCAGUUCGGACUAGGGAUGAUGCUGCUGCAUGGCUAUGGCCAACCGAAGAACCUUGCCAGGGCCACCGAUUUAUUGAAGGCCGCUGCUGGCCAAAAUCACGCAUCGGCAAACGUGCAGCUAGGAGCUCUGUACCUCGACCAGGGCGGUCCUGAGGACAUUCGCGCAGCUAACGACUGUUUUGAGCAAGCUGCUCGGUAUGGAAACAUCGAAGCACAAUACUACCUCGCUGAGAUGAUAUCUCAUGGUGCCGGUCGCGAUAGAAGCUGUAGCCAAGCGUUGAGUUUCUACCGAAGCGUAGCGGAGAAGGCUGAGCCGGUUGUGUCAUCCUGGCUUAGCGCGAACCAUGCCUACGAGGAUGGGGAUUUAGAGGCUGCGUUCCUGCAAUACCUGGGCACGGCCGAGCAAGGCUACGAGAGGGCCCAGAACAACGUAGCAUUCCUCCUCGACGCACAAAAGUCGUUGCUGCCACUCCCAGACUGGCUCACGCGCAAGGCUCCGACCCCCGAGCUACUAAAGGACCCCGCGCUUGGCCUGAUAUACUGGACGCGCUCGUCUCGCCAGGGAAAUAUCGACUCGUUGGUCAAGAUGGGCGACUACUACCUUCAGGGGACGGGAACGGAGCCGGACGUGGACAAGGCGGUCCAGUGCUACCAGGGUGCGGCAGAUUAUCACCAGAGUGCCCAGGCGCUUUACAAUCUCGGCUGGAUGCACGAGCAUGGCAUUGGGCUCGAUCAGGAUUACCAUCUUGCCAAGCGUUAUUACGAUGAAGCACUCAUGACAAACGACGAGGCAUACUUGCCAGUCACUCUUGCACUUUUCAAGCUAAGGGCGAAGAGUGCAUGGAACACCCUCACCAACGGAGGGAUUAACUCGAUUCAGGACGAACCUGUGCAAGGCAAAGACUGGUCUUGGGGCGAAUGGGUAGCUAAUUUCCUACGGGAAGAUUAUUUCUUUGAGGAUGACGCCCACUUUGACGAUAACUUUGACCACACCAUGCCAGGCGGUGACGCAGCGUUGCCAGCCGAGUUGGACGAGGGACUCGUGGAGACGCUUAUAAUCCUGGGACUGGCGGCGGCGCUUGCUUUUCUUGUUUACUACAGGCAGCACCGUCAACAGCAGCAUCGGGAGGAGAAUGCGAGGAGGCUGGGUGCAGCGAUUCAACAGCAGGCGCUGCAGCAGCAGGCAGCAGUAAUUGGAGGAGCCGCAGGGGCUGGAGGAAAUGCUCAAGCCGACGACAGAGGGGUGUUCCCACCUCCAGAUGACCCCGAGUUUCGGCAGUGGGUUGCUGGAGGAAUUCUACGCUGGCGAUUGGUCGACCAAAAUACAAUGAACACGCCAGCUGCGAAGCGGCGACGCAUCGAGGCGACCAAGACGCUUAAGAAGCCGUUCCGGUCACCACUCAUAUCUCGGAGGGGCGGCGACAAGGAAGAAGCCAAGACAGGUUCCGGGAGAGAGGGGGUGGAAGACAAAUCAUUCAAGGACGCUGUGGUCACAGAUCACGGCACCAACACAGUAGCAGCAGCAACAGCACCGUCGGCCGGCGCAGCACCAUCAUCAUUAGCGUCACCAUCACCGCUACGCACCAAGGUUCCGCGGAGGGCGGUAGACACUCGCGCACCUUUCAAAUCGCCGUCAGUUGCUAUCUCUUCGGCUGCUGCUCUCGGAGCCAAAGAACCCCAGCCAAAUCAUGAUUCAAAACCAGACGGGACUACUAGCAAGGAGGGGCCUUUGUCGCAAGUCGCGGCUGGAGCAGUAGUUCGGCCGUCGGACAAGCAGCUAAAAAGAGAAAACGGCGACGCAGCGGGUGCUGCCGCGGACGGUGACGAUGAACUGCGGCAUCUGAUUGGUAAGUGGAAGGCGGCGAGCCGACUGGCUGCGGAAAUGGUGUUUGAUAUUGCAAAACAGAGGGUCGACAGCGCGGGCGGACCAAAAGCCUGGAGAGAACAGCAGAAAAGUUGGGACGAGCCGGCGUCGGGAAUGAGGGGAUCCGACGAUGGAGAAGGGCGAGAACUAGGGGGUGAGAAUCAGCAUGAUUACGAUGGAAGCACCUGCAGCAACAAUGAUCGUGUUUCCGAUGACGAAUAUGAACCAGCUUCUUUUCUUCUUUCUUUUUUCUCCGGCUUGCCUUCGCAUGAAACAGACUCUGCUACGGUGCAUGGAUGGAUGUGGGUUCCUGGACGGUGCUUGAAACACUUCGCUGUACUCAGGGCACGAAUACUAUGGCAGGAACUUUGGGCCCGCACACUUGCCUGCACAAUCAACGGUAGACCCUACCCGGGAUGGUAUUAA